AGGGAAACAUUGAAUUGGACCGCGAAUAUACGGAAAAUUCACGCAAGCGCGUCGUGAUAACUCUCGUACUCGCGGAGAAACUGGUGGGGAUAGGUAUGUCCAAGAACACGAACCAAGGGCUAUCGAUUUUAGUCGUACGCAAUCUACCCCUAGUUUGUGUCCAUAAACAAAACCUUAUCGUUAUUUCUCGUUUUGAUUUUGUACAAGAAAGAUAAAUUAAAAUGCUAUAUGUUUCAGAAUGAUAAUUUAACAAAGUUGCCAACAAUUUUUCUUUGAUGUUAACAAUGUGACAGAGUGUGAAAUUAUUUGAAAUAUUAAAUCGUGAAACAGAACAGCCGACACGUACGAAACUACUUGGAUAAAACGCCAACCACCCCCGUGCAAGCUCUUGCGGUCGCUCCGGCAGUAUUGAUUUACCUUACUCUCAGUGUCUUUUCUUCUCAAGAUAUUUAGGCGCCCAUCCGAGCAACACUGCUUACUCGUGAGCCGUGAUUCUUACACUUAAUAUGAUGAGAAUCGUUUGCAUCACAAAGAUAGCAAGUUUGUCUUGACUAUCGAAGAAAAACGUGAAAAACUAGGCGAGUUUUAAGUACAGAAGAAUAUAUUACUUUAAGAAAAGUGAAGAUAUGUCUUCAAUAUCAGCACAAGGUGUUGUUGAGAGAGCAAGUGCAGAGCUUUCUAAAAGAAUCAACGGAUUGGCGUUACGAACUUCGAAACACCAUGGGGGUGGAAAGACGAGUGUUAUGGAACGCGUGACAAAUGUCUUUUGUGGUGGUGGUGGAGGUGGCGGCGGUGGUGGAGUGGGUUACAUGAGUAUCCAGAAUACAAACACUACCCCAACUCCAGAGAAGCCAAGCAGAAGUGCGCCAACGCCUGUUAAUAAUCCAACUAAUGUAUCCAACAACAAGGGUCUGAGUAAUAAUACCGCUAUGACGAGGGUAAAAAUACCUCGAAAAACUAGAAUAAAAACAGUUCCAUUAGCUAGUGGUGGUACUGGAGGAUAUAUUCCACCUACGUCUUGGGAGCAAUUGAUGCUUGAUGAUCAUUUUCUCAGCCAUUUUUUUCUCUACUUCAACGCCUCUGAGAGAAGAAUUCUAGCUCAGGUCUGCUCUCGGUGGCGAGAUGUCUUAUAUGCAAGACCAAGAUAUUGGGCAGGUCUAGUACCAGUAAUAAGAUGUCGAGAAGUUCGAGGAAUGACUCCAGGAUCAAGGACAAAACUUUAUAACUCAUUAGUGAGAAGAGGUUUUCAUUCAUUGGUUCUUCUUGGUGCUGCUGACGAGGAUAUUCCUGAACUAACUCAUGGAUUUCCUUUGGCACAACGUCAUGUUCACUCGUUAUCGUUAAGAUGUUGUGCCGUGACUGAUAGAGGUCUAGAGGCUCUUUUAGAUCAUCUUCAGGCUCUCUUUGAACUCGAGCUUGCCGGCUGUAAUGAGAUCACAGAAGCCGGUCUCUGGGCGUGUCUUACACCAAGGAUAGUCUCUUUAUCUCUAUCUGAUUGUAUAAAUGUUGCUGAUGAGGCAGUUGGUGCUGUUGCUCAAUUAUUACCAAGUCUCUACGAAUUUUCGCUGCAAGCUUAUCAUGUGACAGAUGCAGCGCUUGGUUAUUUUAGUGCAAAACAGAAUAGUUCUCUCAGUAUCUUAAGACUUCAGUCAUGUUGGGAACUAACCAAUCAUGGAGUCGUUAAUAUUGUACAUUCUCUGCCAAAUCUCACCGUACUUUCACUAUCAGGCUGCAGUAAAAUAGCAGACGAUGGAGUUGAAUUAAUUGCUGAAAAUCUUUCAAGACUUCGGUGCUUAGAUUUAGGAUGGUGUUCAAGGAUUACUGACGCAGCAUUGGAGUACAUUGCCUGUGACCUUAAUCAACUAGAAGAAUUAACACUGGACAGGUGUGUUCAUAUUACGGACAUUGGCGUUGGAUAUAUAUCAACUAUGGGAUCCUUAAGCGCACUUUUUUUGCGAUGGUGUUCACAACUAAGAGACUUUGGUCUUCAGCAUCUAUGCAGCAUGAGAUCACUUCAAGUUCUCUCAGUUGCUGGUUGUCCUCUAUUAACAAGUAGUGGACUCUCCAGUUUAAUUCAACUACGGCAUCUCCAAGAAUUAGAAUUAACCAAUUGUCCUGGUACCUCACGAGAACUUUUUGACUACCUCCGAGAACAUUUGCCACGCUGUUUGGUGAUCGAAUAAAAACAAAUUGGAUAAAAAAGAGAAAUAAAACAAAUUUUUUUACAAUUAAUAAAUAUUCGUCAACGUCCAAUGAAAUAUAAAAAGUGGUAUACGAACCAACAACUCGUUACAACAUCAAAGUAUUCUUUUGAAAGACUGCAAUCUUAAUUACAAGAUUGUAUAUUAUGUAUUUAGUUAUGUUUUAAUAUCUUACAAAUGUUUACCAUCAACUAUCUAAUUACUAAAUUAUUCAUUAAUUCACGCUCUAUCACCCUUUAGAUAAUUACUAUUUUUAUGAGUUGUCUACGCCGAAGAGUUCAAUGAUAGUAUCUUCGAUUUGUUUUUGUAUCUGUUAAGUUUCUUAAUUGCUUUUUAUUUGCUAAUAUGCGUUGAUUGUUAAUAUUCUGCUUGAUAAAAGUAUGAUGCAAUAAUAAUAGAAGAAAGUAGCUUCGCUGCAUAACUAGAAUACGUUCAAGAGUACACUCGUUGAUAUCAGCAAAGGACCCUUGGCGUAGAUCUUUGACAAACUCAGCCACAAUCAUUUUAGAUGGCUCGUGGCUUUAUUAAUAUAGUAGUUGAUCGCAAAGUAUACAUCAAAAUAUACUUUGCAAGACCACGGCACGCCAGCUAGGACUGUGAUAAAUUUAUAUUAUUUUGUUUUAUUAUAUUCAUUUAUUAAAUAUCACCCAUCAUCAAUAGCCCAUUAACAAAUGAUAAUUUCCAGACUGUCUGCUUUAAUAACUUCAGAAUUAGAUAGAAAUUUGCUCUAAUCACUAGUCAAAGAAGCUGUUAAAAGACAAAAUAUUGUUAUAAGAUCAAAUUGAAGUAUGUAUGAAAAGUAAGACAUUCCGGGUCACAUUAAAUAACUGAAUUGUUGAGAAAUAAUUUAUGUUUCACAUUACUUGACAAUACGUCUAUGGAGUGAGUUUAUUCCAUUCAUAUAUUACCUUAUCACAUUAUAUGUAAUUUAAACGUUUUAAAACCUUUAGAAUUCUCUUGGUGUUAUAAAAACUUUGUUCUAUUUAAUAUUUUUUCUUAUUAACAUCUUUAUAUCUACUUUACUCGAAUAAAUGUGGUAAUUAUAAUUAUUCAUUAGAGUGCAAUUUUGUGUGAUCGCAAUUGUUAUUACAUUUAAGAAAUAACAAUGACUGAAACAAUUAUAACGGGCAGAGAUAUUUAUGUAUAUGCAAAUAAAAAAAAAAGUAAUAAAAUUUGAAGUAAUUAUGUUGCAAAUGAC